CAGUAAAGUAGUGACAAGUUAUAUAAGGUCAAUUGCGAUAAAGCUGAUAAGACGAAUUUAUAACACUUGCUUGAAAAUAACCGUUUGCAAUAAGACAUUGCAUUAAACACACAAGUUGCCUUUCUUUGAUGUUCUUUUAUUCAAAGAUUAUAUAUCCAACUUUCCUUAAUAUGCACAUGUUACAAAGAAAUAUUUCAUAUUAUACUACUUUAUUAAAUCGAUCACUGCAUCUUUUAAGAGAUCAAGCAUAUAUCAAUGGAAAGUGGGUAGGAGGAGAAAAAAAUGAGACAUUUCCUGUUUAUAAUCCAGUUGAUCAAUCUGUUAUUAAAAAUGUACCUGACAUGGAUGUAAAAGACACAAGAUUAGCAAUUAAUGCAGCAUCUGAAGUUUUCAAAUCAUUUAGUAAAACAACAGCAAAGGAACGAAGUGAUUUACUUAGAAAUUGGUAUAAUUUAAUGGUAGAACAUACAGAGGAAUUAGCAGAAAUUUUAACUAAAGAAAAUGGAAAAUCUAUUGCAGAAUCCAAAGCUGAGAUCAAAUAUGGAAAUUCAUUUGUUGAGUGGUUUUCGGAAGAAGCUAGAAGAAUUGAAGGAACAAUAUUGCAAACACCAAUAUCUAAUAGAAAACUUCUGCUAUAUAAAGAACCUAUAGGUGUUGCUGCUUUAAUUACACCAUGGAAUUUUCCACAUGCUAUGAUAACACGUAAAGCAGCUGCAGCUUUGGCUGCUGGGUGUACAUGUGUAAUUAAACCAUCAGAAGAAACACCCCUUACUGCUCUGGCACUAGCUGAUCUUGCAGAAAAAGCAGGUUUCCCUCAUGGAACAGUAAAUGUAAUUACAACAAGUUUAAAGAAUUCUCCUAAUGUUGGUAGGGAAUUAUGUGAAAAUCCUGAUGUAAAAGUUUUAUCAUUCACCGGUUCAACAGCUGUGGGGAAAAUUUUGUAUAAACAAAGUGCUUCAACUAUAAAGCGACUUUGUCUUGAGUUGGGAGGUAAUGCAUCAUUUAUUGUUUUUGAUUCUGCAAAUUUAGAUAUAGCUGUACAAGGUGCUAUGUUAAGUAAAUUUCGUAAUUGUGGUCAGACAUGUGUUUCUGCAAAUAGAUUCUUUGUACAUAGUAGUAAAUUUGAUCAAUUUAUAGAAAUGUUUUUAUCAAAAAUUCAAAGUGAUAUUAAAAUGGGUGAUGGUAGUAAGAAAGAGGUUACACAUGGGCCUCUCAUUAAAGAAAGUCAGUUAAAUAUGAUACAUGCAUUAAUUACUGAUGCUGUAAAAAAAGGAGCAAAAGUGCAUUGUGGUGGUACACCAUUGCCUGAAUUAGGGCCACUAUUUUAUGCUCCCACACUUAUAACUGAUGUUACUAAAGAAAUGCAAAUAUAUAACAAGGAAAUUUUUGGCCCAAUAGCUGUUAUUCAUAAAUUUGAAACCGAAAAUGAAGUUAUAGAAAAUUCUAAUAAUACACCUGUUGGAUUAGCUGGAUAUUUUUACUCUCAAGAUAUAUCGCAAAUAUUUAGGGUAGCAAAACAAUUGGAAGUUGGAAUGGUUGGUGUAAAUGAAGGGAUAAUCUCUACUGCAGAAGCUGCUUUUGGAGGUGUAAAAGAAUCAGGUUUAGGAAGAGAGGGUUCUAGACAUGGUGUUGAGGAUUUUCUUGAGAUAAAAUAUGUAUGUCUUGGAAAUCUUAAGUAUUAUUGAAUAUUUUAUCAAGCAA